CCACUCUUCUGAUUCGUCAAAAGUGGCACAUUGAGCGCCGUAAUUUACAGAUCGGUGAUAUUGUGUUGUUUCAGGACAGCAAUAUUGUACGGGGGACGUGGAAGUUUGCUGAGGUUGCAGUAGCAAAUGAAAGCAAAGAUGGUAAGGUACGAAAUGUUACUCUUAGGUAUAAACCCCAGAGAGGUGGUGUUAGGUAUAAGGGUGAAAAGAUAUACUUGUAAAGAGAUCUGCUCAUCGUAUCGUGGUAAUUUUGCCCAUUGAGGAACGUACUUGAGUUUAUACUGAAUGUUACCCUUUUUUAUGCAUUACUGUGUAUCUCGCUGGUUUCAUUGUAUGUAUUCGUAUUUGUUUGUACAUUUUUUUGUUUGUUUUGCAAUGUCAUAUGUAACAUAACUCCGUGUGGGAGUGUAUCAUUACGACCAAUGAUAAAUUCAAUUGCUGUUAUGUAUUUUAUUAAUUUAUGUCGAGUGGGUGGAUGUAUCGCUUCGCUGUCGUCUUUUGUUGUGGACGUGGCGGAGCGGAGGGGUGUAUGUUGCGCUUUGCCAUUGUCUUUUGUUGUGGAUGUGGCGGAGUGGAGGCAUGGUCAAGACUCAAGGGACAGGUGAACGGGCUGGCCAGUCCAGCAGAUUGGCGUGUGGGGUGUGGAAGGAUACUUGUGACGCUGGAGUGGAUUGGAGGGCGUGUUGUGCAUCUGUGCCGCUACUAUUCGGGUUUGCUGGAAGCGGUAGAUGGUUGGAUACGUGAUGGGGUGUUUAUGCUGUGGGGACGCUGUGUAUAUUUACCUUGUUUGGGAUCUUCUCUCCGGGACAUCUGUGUCGUCAAUACUGUUGAAUCUUUGCCCAAUAAACGGACUGAUGCAACAGCGCUUUUGAUGCCCUGGAGAAACAGUUGUCACCACGCCCACUACGCCCACGACAGUCACACCUUCCGGCUCCCGAUAGUCAAGGUACAGGCGUCGUGGUAG